AUGCUGGCCAUCCGCCCCACACGUGGCGCUCAGCCAAUAUCUACAGGACUUGGAGUACACUUUGUGAGCCCCAAGAAGGCUCGAGAUCCCAAAAAAUCGCAGACACUCGUUCACAUUCCAGGUGCUAACUCCAAACAUAAGCGCCUCGUCGCUCAAAUGGCUGCUCUAAUGAAUCCCCAAAUGCUAACUACUCAAACACCGAGUUCUAGUUCUGCGCCAGCUCAACCUGAAGCACCAGCAAACGUUGACGACACUGCAAGCUAUUUUUAUGACGAGGACGACUCUAUGGUCCAUGACUACCAGCCCGACAAAGGACCUUGCCCUACAGACCUGGCACCCGAGGACCUGGGGCGCCGUAUCCUGCCAGACAAAAUGGCAAAUAAUCUUUAUACAUCCUGGAAGGCCCUCAUACCCACAUUGGUAGACCUGCAUCUCAAGUACUCGGCAAGAACCCAUGGGCACCCUCUUGCAGAAAUAUGUCUGGUCAUAUCUGCCUGCGCAAGCUCCAGUUUCCUAUAUGUCAAUGUAAUGACGUGCAAAUGCUCAACACUCUCGCAAGUCCUCGUACAUCACGGCCUUUUUCCAACUGCACCAUCUCAACCACGCAUGGCAGUCUCCACAGACCUCCUUGCGUUCUACCAGGCAUUAUUCGAGCGUUCGUGUGAUGCUAUCCACGCGCUCACCGCUGCCCUGAAGACUCAUUAUUCCCGCCGAGGAUUUCAAAUGACCAAUGCAGCCGGCCAAGUCGUUCAAGAGCCAUUCCGGCAUGGAUUGGGUCAAGCUGUUCAGUGGUAUGAUAUUUUACAGACCGAAGUCGAGCGGCAGACUGAAGCCGCGGUACAAAUAUGUCGAGAGUGUGUCUACGAGGCUCGUAGCCCUCAAUGUAAUGAGGAGGCUAGCCCGUCUACCCCCAAGCCUUUCAGUACCUCCCUGCUUCAAGGCCAAUGUGCCGCCAUCCUAAUGCAGUGCUGUCCAGCAUGCUUUGGAGGUGUGCUAUUCGGCAGGCCACUUAGUGAAGGCGGAGAUAUACACGUUGCAACUGACAGUAACUUCCAUCAUCGUCAUCGACGAUCUGCAGGCGACUGCCCGCGCUUCUACGAACCCUCGUAUUUCCUUCUGAAGACCCAGGUUGAUGAAGUUGGGCGGCGGAUCAUCUCGAAGCGUAAGCGAGCACCCAAGAUCCGCACUUCUGUAGUCCCGGAUGAAGCCAUUGAUCAGUGCGAGAAUUCCUACGAAGCCGCGGAUGGUAAGAAGCAGAAGGCUGCCAUGGAAUCGUUUGAUGAUGCGGGCGUCAUGGCCCUUAUUUGUCGUCACGACAUCCCGCUCUUCUUUGCCAAUAUCAAUUUGCCUGGCGAGCAGCAGAAAUAUGCAGUAUCCCUCAUCGAGCACCUAUUUUCCCUCUUACCGCAGGAAGCUACCGUCAUCACGCUCUACGACAUCGGCUGCGUCCUCUCCCGCUCAUUAUCUCAGUAUGAUAUUCUUCCCGAGCCUGUGACUUCGCGGCUUCGAUUCGCGACGACAGCCAUGCACGCAUAUGGCCACAAAUGGGCCUGUCAACUGGAGUAUAACCCUCGGAUGUGCAGUGGCCUUGGUCUGUCUGACAGCGAGGGUACUGAGAGGCUCUGGUCGAGGUUUGUCAAGCUGAUCGGAAUUCAACGGUCGUCGUCUGUAAGUCGCAAGAUUCUCAUUAUGUUCCUUUGUUAA